UAUGACUACCGGGGAGCGGGCGGAGCAGAACGGUAAACGGCGUCAGCAGCUGAGAAGCGGCGCCGUUGGUGACCCGGAUGUUCAUGGGACAGACAUUUUCCCCCCCCCAUCCCCCCACUCCCCCGCCUGGGCGCGGGCGGAAUUCCUCCCAGUGGGGGUGGCGGGGGGGAAAGAAAGAGAUCACGUGACCAGGGAGAGGGGUGGGGCGGGGCGCUGCGCGGCCACGUGACGGCGCGCGGCUGCGGCGAUGGGCACCGCGCUGGACAUCAAGAUCAAACGGGCCAACAAGGUCUAUCACUGCGGGGAAAUUCUUUCUGGAGUUGUGGUCAUAACAAGUAAAGACACAGUCCAGCACCAAGGUAUCUCAUUAACAAUGGAAGGAUCAGUAAAUCUGCAGCUUAGUGCCAAAAGUGUGGGUGUGUUUGAAGCUUUCUAUAACUCUGUCAAGCCUAUUCAAAUUAUUAACAGCACUAUUGAAAUGGUAAAACCAGGAAAACUGCCCAGUGGCAAAACAGAAAUCCCUUUCGAGUUUCCCUUGCAUGUGAAAGGCAACAAAGUUCUGUAUGAGACAUAUCACGGCGUCUUUGUUAAUAUUCAGUAUACUCUACGAUGUGAUAUGCGACGUUCUCUGUUGGCAAAAGACCUAACUAAAACUUGUGAAUUCAUUGUCCACUCCCUGUCACAGAAAGGGAAGCCGAUGCCAAGCCCAGUAGACUUUACAAUUACCCCUGAAACCUUGCAGAAUGUUAAAGAGAGAGCCUCACUUCCGAAAUUUCUCAUCAGAGGUCAUCUCAGUUCUACAAACUGCAUCAUUACACAGCCAUUAACAGGGGAACUGGUAGUGGAGAAUGCAGAAGCUGCAGUCAAAAGCAUUGAACUGCAGUUAGUACGUGUGGAAACCUGUGGAUGCGCAGAGGGUUAUGCCAGAGAUGCCACAGAGAUUCAGAAUAUUCAGAUUGCUGACGGGGAUAUCUGCAGGGGCCUACCAAUUCCGAUAUACAUGGUGUUUCCCAGGUUGUUCACUUGCCCUACCUUGGAAACGACAAACUUCAAAGUUGAGUUUGAAGUUAACAUUGUUGUUCUUCUGCAUGAUGAUCAUCUCAUCACAGAGAAUUUUCCCCUGAAGCUCUGCAGAAUGUAAAUAGCCACAGGAGGACUACCUAAGGAUUUACCAAAAAAGGGAGAAAAUUCCUCAGAUACAAGGUUGAAUAUUGUCCAUGGAUUAGUUUACCUAAAAACACAUCUCUUCCUCCUUUCUGCUAGUAGUUCUCAUGUGUUCAGUCCCCUGUAAAUCUUCCUGAACACUCUGCCUGUCUUCUCAUGAUACACUAAGCAGAUGUAUCCUUCUGGUCAGCCUUGUCAGGUGUCUUUCAGAACUCAAGGUUUCUGCACUUUUUCUCAGACAUUUUCUGAAGGAAUGAUUUUGGGUAUUUCUAAACUUGCAGGAUGUAGUAAGUUUCUCUUGAACUAGUACUACACUGUGAAAUACACAAAAAGUUCUUUCUUUAAAGACUACUUAAGCCUAGUAAGUCCUGUUAUAUACUAUGUAUAUUGUGGGGGGGGGUAUUGCACUUGGGAUAUAAUGCUGAAUAGAAUGUUCUAAGAUAAAAUAAAUGGUGCUACAAAAAUGUAAGACGGAUGAAUAUUGCAAGGUGGGGAUGAAAUAAGAAGGAACCGAGCGUGUUAUGAGCAAAUAGAUUCAUAUUCCCCUUAUUGAACAAAUGGUCUUAGAGCUGAAGUUCCUUGUCUUGUGUGUGUGUGUGGCUUUUUUUCCUCCUUCCUUAUUGCAUUGGCUCUUCAUAGGUUUUUAGGCUUAGACAGAGUAUACUCUUAAUUUAGCUUUGCUGUUUGCAUGAAAUAAAUAGCACUAAAGAAAGAGGACCAGUCAAAAGUUCUGACCUGAGAAUGUACUUCAGGUAUUUCUUGCAUUAUAACAUCUCCCUCCUUAACUUCUGAAGCCCAGUUUUGAUGUGAAAGUGUGCUUUGUAAGUUGUUGUCUUAGGAAUGACUGUUGUGACAGAACAGCACAGCUGCAUUGUUACAGACCAACCUAUCUAUCUAUUGUCUGUCUAUACUAAAUGAUGUGAAAAACUGCAUAAAAAGAUACUUUUGCUAUGGCAUUUUGUGCUUUUAGGACAUGAUUUGGCAUUAUAUGAAUAACAUUCCAUUCACUCUUAAUUAAAAGUGGGUUAAUAUUGUCACUUAUGCAACUUGCUGGAGUAUAAUGUAUAUGCUAGGAGGGGAAUUAGUAAAGGAAAACAUACUAUUUUACACUUUCAACUGUACAGUUGCGAGCAUUUUAAUGAGUUUCUGACAUCCAUGUGAACAGGCCCAUCAGGAACUGGAUCGGCAGACCAUUUCACUGAGAACUAACCCUCCUGAAAAUGAACAUGGUGUGGAUGUUUUUUUUAAAAAAAAGUUAACAGCUGCACCUUUCUAACUGUUAAUUUUCAAUAUGAUGUUGUGUAGGAAAGGUGGCAUUUUAAGUGUAUAAAGUGCAAUAUAAAUUAUGAGUAAAAAUCUGAUAACAUAAAAACAUAGAAUUAAGGAAAAAAAAAAGCCCCAAAAAAUCUUUCCUCUAGCUUUAUCUGGUAGAACUGUCCAGCUAUCAUUUUGAAGUUUGGCUGUGGCUUUGUAUCUUCUGUAUUUUAGGAAUAAACACCUGAAAUUCUA